AGAGAGCCACGUCUAUAAAUUUGUGUUGGUAUAUACAUUUGCAGAGAGAAGAACAACAGAGCCGUUCCCAUCUUCAAGCCUCCUCGUUGACUGACACUCAAGAUGAAGACUUUGGCCAUCCUGGUUUUUUGCUCCCUGGCUGUUGCCUGUCUGUCUUCAGACUCCAUGGACUCCAAUGGUGACGACCUUGAUGACCGUGAUGACAACUACCACGGCAACAACAACGACCACUACAACAACAACAACCACUACAACAACCAUGGCCAUCAUGGAGUGUUUGUGGAGCAGACACAGGCUGCCGCAGUGGUGCCGCCCAGGAGAGCUCCUGUAGAGCUGUCCCUGACCCAAAUGGAGAGCCUGAGAGAAGUGUGUGAGUCCAACCUGGCUUGUGAGCACAUGAUGGACACAGCUGGAGUCAUCGCUGCCUAUAAUGCCUACUACGGACCUGUUCCUUAUUAGACGCCAAACCACAACAAUUGACUCUUUGUCAUGACGUAAAUUGCUUCAGGAUGCUUUUUAUUAUCACCUUGCUCUUUAAACUUAAACCUCUUUUCUAUUCAAAUAACAUGAAAAAACAGUUCCAAAAGUGUGGGAACAGUGCAAGAGGAGUAGCUCUGGCAUAUGAAUUUUAUCUGUUAAUUCUGUACAGACCAGACCACUUGUCUCUAUGAUUCUAUCACCUCUUUCAGCCUGUAGUGUGAUGAAUAAGUAAAAAUAAUGAAAAUCAA